CAUCCACACCACCAAACUAGAAAUUAGCGCGUUUUGGUGGCAUCUGCAUCUCGUCCAAGGUCUUGUUGUUAUUUAACUUUUUCCGCGUUGUGUAUUGUGCGUGCUGCCACAACAAGAAGAUGAAGGAUGACACGAAACUUUGUUGUGUAGUGUAAGCGCCAUAGCAAUUCAAGUAGUCUCAUAGUGUCAGCUCGGCUUAAACGCUGAUUGGUUAGCAGACGCCAUUCCUCCUCUAACGCUAUAACACCCACACUGUACUUUGCGGGAGAUAGAAACCCCUCAAGCUCUGUAUUUAGAGGCGAAAUUUGAGAAUAGGAAGCAGCACCGUUCGGUAUUUGUUGUUGGAAUCGAGACCCACAGCAGCAGCUCGGACAUGGCGACUGCGAGCCCUUGUGUCGUGAUCAGCGAUGAGGAGACUGGUUAUGACCUAGACCUCUUCUGUAUACCAAAACAUUAUGCGUCUGAUUUGGAACGGGUGUAUAUUCCACACGGACUCAUCAUGGACAGAACCGAACGUCUGGCCAGAGAUAUCAUGAAGGACAUGGGCGGCCACCAUAUAGUAGCUCUAUGUGUUCUAAAAGGGGGCUACAAGUUUUUUGCUGACCUUCUAGAUUAUAUCAAAGCCCUUAAUCGCAACAGUGAUCGUUCCAUUCCAAUGACGGUGGACUUCAUUCGCCUCAAGAGUUACCAAAACGACCAAUCUACAGGUGAAAUUAAGGUGAUUGGAGGAGAUGAUCUGUCUACGCUCACAGGGAAGAAUGUGUUGAUUGUGGAGGAUAUAAUUGACACUGGGAAGACAAUGAAGACCUUGUUAGAACUUCUCAAGCAGUAUAAUCCAAAAAUGGUGAAAGUGGCCAGUUUGCUGGUGAAGAGAACACCAAGGAGUGUUGGCUACAGACCAGACUUUGUAGGAUUCGAGGUUCCUGACAAAUUUGUUGUUGGAUAUGCGCUGGACUACAAUGAGUACUUUAGGGAUUUAAAUCACAUCUGUGUGAUCAGUGAAACAGGAAAGGAGAAGUACAAAGCAUGAGAAACCCUGAACUUCCCCCCCACUUGCUGUGUAUCAUUUGUUUUUCAUAGAUGUUUUUCAUUUUAUACUCAUUUUGUUUUUCUCAGCACAGUUCACUGUAGGUUAGCAGGUCCUUCACUCAGGUUCUCUGCUGAGGUGUGUGCUGUUAAUGCACCUUACAUUUGCAUUUGCUUAUACCUCCACAAGCCUCCUGUGAUUAUCAGGCACACAUUAGUAACCAUAAACAUUUCACUGCUCAGUAACUGACAAUAGUGGUCUCAAGACUGCUGCUCAUGGCUCUUUGGAAUGUGUUUUAAACAGUGGUUUGGGUCAACAGAGCCAGAAUCUCUCUAAUUUAUUCAAAUGAUGUGUGUGUGUGACAUCGUGGCUAGGUGCUUGUGUUUUAAAGUAAGAUUUAUAUACAUAAUACUGAAUAUAGCCUAUGCCUUUAGGUCACUUUGCAUUGCUUAUUCAGCAUUUUAAAGAACAUACAAGUCGGGAUUUUAUUCAAAUGGCAGAGGGAGAACAAUGAUAUUUCCCAAAGACUUUUUGCAGUGUACUACAUCAUAAAAUAGCACUGUAAUAUGUGUCCUGUCAUUGAUUAUUCAUAUCAGUGACUUUAUUGUAAGGUUGGUGUAGGAGGCUGAAUGCUCUAUCAUGUGAAUGUACUUAGAAAAGCAACAGGGAGUCUGAUUUUCCAAUCACAUUUUAAGCCUUUUGACAUUUUAAAGCCAAAUAUCACAUUUUAAUUCUUGUUUUUAUGUUUUUUUUUCCUGCUGUGUAUUUAUUUGUCAAAUUACUAGCCCAGGGUCUUUAUUAAAGACAGAAAAAAAUGUAUGGUGCCUUAUAUGGUACAAAUUGUUACGCUACCAUAUAAAUAGUGUAAUACUAAAAAUGAGAAAAAAUUCCUGAAUUUGUGACCUCAACUGUCGUAAAUUGUUGAUUAAAUUAUUUUAAAUUA